AUGAAGUUCACUCUCUCCGCCGUCGUUGUUCUCGCCCUUGCCGCCUCCCAGGCUGCCGCCGUCGUCCCCAUCCCCGUCAAGGAGUGCACCCACUCCUACGUUGUCGAACCCGGCACCCCUAGUUGCGAGGCCUUCGCUACCAAGUUUGGUAUCACCUUCGCCGAUCUCCUCAAGUGGAACGACAAGUUGCGCCCCGACUGCCUUAACUUGGAUGUCGGCUACCCCCUCUGUGUCUCCGUUACCAAGGGCGACUGCUGCCUCAAGGAGAACCCCAAGGGAGCCAUCGUUCCCCAGGACGGCGCCCCCGCCCAGCCCAACUUGUGGGACCCCGCUCCUUACACCAAGGGCCCCGCUGCCACCGCGACCGGCGUUACCCCUCCUGCCGCUACCACCCUCCCUAGCGCUGGUAACGGAACUGUGACCAUCCCCACUGCCAAGCCUUCCACCCCUGCCGCUGGUACCAGUGCUGGUGCCGCCGCCACCACCUCAGCCGCUGCUGGUGCCACCCCCUCCGUCAAGACUGAUACCAAGAACUCUGGUGCUGCCUCCAACAAGAACUCCAUCAUUCUCGGAGCUGCUGGUCUUCUCUUGUCUGCUGUUUACAUGCUUUAA